CGUUCACAUCGCAAGUAUUAAAAAACAUUUUUUACUUUCUUUAUCGAAAUUUUAACAAAUUAAAUUUAUCAAUUUUGUGUCGAUAUGAUAAGAAAUGUGUUAUAGUGAUAUUGUAAUCUAUGAUCAAGUGAUUAGCACAAGUGUAAAGUGCAGAAAUUUAUCAAAUAUUCAACAGGUGGAUGAAUAAAAAAAUGAUAUUUUUAUGAAGGGAGAUCGAGAGAAAAAUUAAGAAUAAAAAAUAAUCAAAAUAAAAUUGAAUUUUAAAGCCUGAAAAUUGCAAUCAUGCCUCGAAAAUUGAUGAAAUUUUUGAUUCUAUUUGACAAUACGAAUCUCUUGUACUUUCCUGGACAAUUCUUAAGUGGACGAGUUCUGUUAGAAUUGCAAGAAGAUACACCAGCUUUAGGAUUGCACUUUCAUGUGGUCGGUGAAGGUGUCGUGACUGCUAGAACAGCUCGUCAAGAGCGCACAUACGAUAAAGAAAAUUACAUUGAUUUUCGAAUGAGAUUAUUGGGUGACAAUGAUUCAGGACCGACAAUAUUAUCACCCGGCAUACACUCAUUUCCAUUUAAACUCGGUCUCCCCUUGGGUCUCCCAUCGACUUUUCUCGGGAAGCACGGAUGGAUUCAGUAUUAUUGUAAAUGCGCAUUACGUGAGCCAUCAGGUUUAAUUCACAAAAAUCAUCAAAUUUUCAUCAUCAUGAAUCCGAUUGAUUUAAACAUCGAGGAACCAGCAUUAGCAGAGCCAUUUAGAUGUGAAAUUGAACCGACGUUGGGUGGUUUAGCAUGUAUUGGAUCUGGAACUGUAAAAUGUAAAAUCGAAUUGGAUCGGGGAGGUUACGUGUCAGGAGAAACGAUUCACAUCAACGGAUAUGUUAGGAAUUUCAGUAAAGUUACAAUACGUCAUACGAAAAUAAUUCUACUCGAAACAAUCAAUUAUCUGUCACGUGGAAAAGCUGUUCAAGUUGAAAAACGUGAAAUUGCAUCAAUCAAAGGACCCAAAAUACGUCCCAAUAGUCGUGAUGAAUUUGUGAACAAAAAGCUUUACAUUCCACCUUUACCACCCACAAAUAUACGCAAUUCAAAUUUGAUUCAAUUAAAUUAUGAUGUCUAUGUGAGUUUUAUUUUAUUGUUGAAUUAUUUUUAGCAUGCAAUUUGCUUUGUUAUUAAUGGAUGGAUGUUGUGGUACACUUUGUCUAUUAGAUAUGUUAUCAAUCUUUGAUUCUGUAUGAACCAAGGCUCUCUUCACAAUGCUUGAAUUUUGUUGCAUUAUAUUCAUUCAACAAAGCAUUAAAGUACUUUGAUUCUUACAUAAAUUAAAGACACUAUGACGAGUGUAUAAGGAACAGUCAGUUUCAAGAGCUUCGUAGUUCCAUAGGUAUAGUCAAAUGUUAUUUAUAUAGUGGAGUGAAGUGCAUAGAUCUUAUGUUCAAAUGUAUCCCUGAUAAGCUAUAGAAAAAGGAAAUGGAUAUUCUUUAUGCAAUGUGCCUACCCGACAGGUACAAUUUAAAAUCUAAUGUACAGGAAGCCAAGUGAACAGUAUCAAAUGCCAUGUCGAGACAAUUAUACAUGUAUUAAGUUGGAAAAAGUGCAUCCAAACUGAGUUUAAUGGCUACAACAGUGUAAAAGCACUCGAAUCUUAAUAGGUAUAUCCUAGGAUUGAUGCAGGGCUGGAGAAAUAGGUGAUCAACUCACACCACAGGCCAUAAUUGCAUAUUCAUUGAUAAUAUACUGAUUUUGAAUUUUAGAAGCUAGUUUAAGAUUAAGAUAGAUAAUCAAGAUGAGCUGAAGUAAUUCCACUAGAUGCAACCUUUAAUAAGCACCUAGACUGUUUUAACUACCAAAUUUCAAUGAUUGGAAAUAUAGUAGAUCUCUGAAAAUAUUUUUGAAAGUAUAUUCAUGACAAAAACUCUGAAAAAUUACCCUCAUAAAUCCCUAAUGUCUACCCUCCUCCCCUAAAAAAAAAACGCUUUGUUCUUACAAUUCACAACAGAAAUUUCACAACCAUUCUUUAUUUCCAUUCGGCUGAAAGAAAAUAUUUCAACAUUUAUGUCUUUAAAAUUAUGUCAUUGAAUAGAAAUGAAAAUACAUGAUGAAUAUAUAGGUGUGCGUUCAUUCGAAAUAAAAUUCAGUUAUUUUUGCUGCCUUUUCACAUUCUCGUUAAAGGCUUUUGCUUAUCAAAAGGCACGAAAAAAAAGUAUAUAUAAAGAAUUUUUUUUAUGAAAUGAGGACUGAUAAGAUAUUUAUGAUAUUUUUAAUGUGUAUGUUUCGAAACAGCAGAGGGCGGGACUUGUCUACAUAAGACGUCACUCAUAAAAAUUAAUUUUUUCUAUCGAUAAAAUUUUCGAUUCCAUUUUGCACUUGUAGUUACAAAACAACUCAAUAAAUCCUCAUUAUCAAUUUCAAUUUCAUUUUUAUAUAUUUUUUUGCAGCUUAUAAUUGAGCCAAAAUCGAUGGAGAAGGCGAUAAAACUUCAAUUACCAAUUGUGUUGGCAACAUACCCAUUUCGAUCAACUAAUGAUGUCAUGACAAAUUGGCCCGAUUCCGUUCUACGUCCAGACACACACUAUCCAAGCUCAUUGCCUGUUUUUCGUCCAUCGACAUGAAUGAAAUCAACUGAUAGGAUGCCAUGAAACUUUAUAUAUUUUUUUUCCAAUGUGCCUUAUUAUGUUCAUAUGUAAUUUUUUUUUAAUUGAUGGAAACACGAAGUAGUUAACAAAUCAUGAUUAUGAGAACUAGAUUAUGCAACUUCUCAUCUUUACACCUCCAUUCAUCUCAUUUCCCAUUUAUUUUAUUUUUUCGAGAAAUCGAGAUUGAAUGAAAAUUAAUUUUACUUACAUUAAUUAAGCUUACAAAAUCAUUCCUACCUACUGUUCAUCUCUACAUAAUGAUAUUAAUUAAUUGUAACUUUAUCUCGAGGUACUUAAAAAUCGAUUUAUAAUCAAGAAAAUAACGUGAAGAAAUGCGCAACCUCUUACUGGUGAGGGAUUAGAGUACUUUGUAAAUUAAUGAGUCAAGUCUUAGUUUGAAAUUGGUUUUUAAAUCAAGAAAAUGUUGUGAAAUUCAGACGUCAUCGAUAUUGUUUCAAGUUUGAUGUACUUUGCAGUACAAUGGACAUUGAAACAUGUUGACUAAGUCAUAUAAAGUUAUUUUUUCAUUUGAAGACCAUAAUUGGAUCUCUUGCUAAUGCAGACACAUAGAAUUCGAAGUCAACGAUACAACUCUUUGAUUUGAUCCAAAUUAAACAUGUGAUUUUAUCUGUUAACAUGAAAAAUCGUUAAAUCAUUCUUACUUACUUACCAAGUUUUUGGCUAUCUAAU